UAAAAUAGUUGUAUGUUUGAGAACUUUGAAUUAUGACGUUUUGUUGUUUUGAAUUUGGUGCUCUGAUUUUUCACUGUUGAAUAGUGUGAACCGUGGGUGGGACGGUAGCAUCCCAUGUAGCCCUGAAGUUAAAUGCGGUGGUUCGUGAUUUCAGUUUUGCCCGAAUGCCACCAUCCAUCCACAGUUUCUGGUUAGGGUAGGUUUUAAUAGUCACAGUGGGUACAACAUCUCCAAUGCACUUCCUUAUAAACUCACUCACCAAGUCAAUGUUGUUCUGAGGCUGCCCAGAACAUUUCCCAAUCCGCGUGACCAAAACAAUCUUGAAGCGUGGAUUCCAAUUGGCCAGACCAGCAUUGAAUGAUUCUAGUCAUGGGUACAUACUGUUUGAGUUUCUGCCUUUAAGACGGUAGGAGCAAGAUGGAGUCGUGGUCGGAUUUGCCAAAGGGGGGCGAGGGAGGGCCUUGUAUGCAUCAUGGAAGUUAGAGUAGCAGGGAUCGAGUGUAUUGCCCGUGCUGCAAUCAAUAUGCUAAUAGAAUUUAGGUAGCCUUGUUCUCAAAUUUGCUUUGCUAAAAUCACCAGCUACAAUAAAUGCAGCCCCAGAAUAUAUGGUUUCCAGUUUACAUAGAGUCCAGUGAAGUUCCUUGAGGGCCGUCGGUGGUGUCUGCAUGAGGGGGUAUUUACACAGCUGUGAUAACUGCUGAUAACUGAUGAGAAUUCUCUUGGGUGAUAAUAUGGCCGGCAUUUGAUUGUAAGGAAUUCAAGGUUGGGUGAGCAGAAGGACUUGAGUUCCUGUAUGUUGUUAUGAUUACACCAUGAAUCGUUAAUCAUGGAGCAUACACCACUGCCCUUCUUAUUCCCAGAGAGGUGUUUAUCUCUGUCGGUGCGACGCAUGAAGAAGCCCGGUGUCUGAACCGACUCUGACAACAUAUACCGAGAGAGCCAUGUUUCCAUGAAACAGAGUUACAAUCUUUGAUGUCUCUCUGGAAGGCAAUCCCUCUGGAAGGCAACUGGACAUUGGCGAGUAGUAUACUCGGAACCGGUGGGCAAAGUGCACGCCUACGGAGCCUGACCAGGAGGCCGCUCCGUCUGCCUGUUCUGCGGCGACAUUGUUUUGGGUCGGCUUCUGGGAUUAGAUCCACUGUCCUGGGUGGUGGUCCAAACUAAGGAUCCGCUUCCGGAAAGUUGUAUUCCUGGUCGUAAUGUUGGACAGAGCUAGUCCGUCCCCCUCCACCCUGCCGGGUCACAACUCUCCUGGUAGUGCCUUACUGCUGGGUCUGAAGAGGGUGUCUGUGAGGCUGGUCGACUGCAGGAAAACACCAGGGCAGAGUGGAACUGUGAGAGAAGGACACGAGGAGGGAGAUGGAGAUUUUAUUUCAUCAAGGGACACUCCUAACCGUCGUUCUCUCAGUGGGAGGGAGUUAUCAUCUGGGGAGCCUCAACAACAACAUGUUGCUGACGAGACAGGGAAGAGUCUCUCCCAAUCAGAACACCUCAAACACCAGCACAGACGUACAGGGAAGAAAUCUCACCACAGCUGCUCUGACUGUGGAAAGCGUUUCACUACACGGAGGUCCUUCAUAAUUCACCAGCGAACACACACAGGAGAAAAGCCUUAUAGCUGUGAUCAGUGUGGGAAGAGCUUUGCUCGAGCUUCCAACCUGACUACACACCAGCGAACACACACAGGAGAAAAGCCUUAUAGCUGUGAUCAGUGUGGGAAGAGUUUUGCUGCAUAUAACACCUUUAAAUAUCAUCUGAGAAUUUAUGAAGGGGAGAAGCCCUACCCCUGCCUCGAUUGUGGGAAAAACUUUGUUAAUGCAGGAGCCCUAACCAUACACCAGCGUGUACAUACUGGAGAGAAGCCUUAUAGCUGUGAUCAGUGUGGAAAGAGCUUUGCUGUAGCUUCCACCCUGAUUAGACACCAGCGCAUACACACUGGAGAGAAGCCUUAUAUCUGUAAUCUGUGUGGGAAGAGCUUUGCUGUAUCAGAUAAACUAACUAUACACCAGCGCAUACACACUGGAGUGAAGCCUUAUAGCUGUGAUCAGUGUGGAAAGAGCUUUGCUUUAGCUUCCACCCUGAAUAAACACCAGCGCAUACACACAGGAGAAAAGCCUUAUAGUUGUGAUCAUUGUGGAAAGAUCUUUGCUCGAGCUUCCACCCUGACUAUACACCAGCGAACACACACAGGAGAGAAGCCUUAUAGCUGUGAUCAGUGUGGAAAAAGCUUUGCUUUAGCUUCCACCCUGACUGCACACCAGCGAACACACACAGGAGAAAAGCCUUAUAGUUGUGAUCAGUGUGGAAAGAUCUUUGCUGAAUCAGGGACCCUGAAUUCACACAAGCGAAUACACACUAGAGAGAAACCCUAUGUCUGUCUAUGUGGAAAGAGCUUUGCUCGUUUAGGGCCAAUGAAAAAACACCAGAAAGCAAAAAUGUGCCAUAUUUCGUCUCCCUCCUAUCCGACACCAUUUCCAGAUCCCUAAAUAAAGGAUCAGUAGAAAACAUCUAGUGAACAGUCAUAUCCAUCUCCCAUUCUUAAACAGUUGACUUAGUCUGAUCACCAUGGUAACCUCUGUGCAGCAUAAUAUGCAGCUCUGAUCUAGGAUCAGGUUUCCCCUGUGUCUAUGUAAUAUCACACAUUGGGAUCUAAAUGGAUAAAUGUUAUCAUAGAAAAUGUCACAGUGAACCUGUUUGUGUGGGCGGGUGUUGAUAAUUGUAUCUUUCAUAUACUUAUGAUGCUAUUAUUAUUAAAUGUCAUUAUGUAGAAUGUUUCAACAAUAGGUCUAUAUUGGGCGGCAGGUAGCCUAGUGGUUAGAGCGUUGGGCGAGUAACCGGAAGGUUGCUGGAUCGAAUCCCAAACGGACAAGGUAAAAAUCUGUCAUCUGCCCCUGAACAAGGCAGUUAACCCACUGUUCCCCGGUAGGCCGUCAUUCUAAAUAAGGAUUUGUUCUUAACUGACUUGCCUAGUUAAAUAAAGUUUAAAUUAAAAGAAAAAUCAUAUAUUAAAUUGAUCAAUAAAUUCAAGCCAUUAUCUUCCAAACAAGAACUUUAAUUUGUUUUAUAAUAUCUAAAUUGAUUUGUUCCUAAAAUGAAUCAAUUAUACAUUGAAUAAUAAUAUCCACGAGGUCAAGGCAAGAACUAAGUAUGCUGUCUUGUAACAACGGUUAAUGUAAUAACUUUUACAUUUAUAAUGUAAUAAAACUGGUAAAUGUAA